AUGGGUCUCGAGCAGACACGAGCCCAUAAAGUUACUGGCCAUCAUCGUCGACCAGUGAAUGAUGCGUCACACAGGGACACCAACCUUCUCGAAGCACACCCCACCGAUGACUUCGAAUGGGAUGAGCAAGAGACUACCACAAACUACUCAGCCUCUCCCGAAGCAAUCCUCGAGGCGGACACAAAUGGCGAGGCUGUCACAGACCCCAUAGCAGAUGGCAUGGCCUCGUUAGCCGUCAGCGAGAAGGAAUCGGGAUACCUCGGCGUCGCCUCCGGCGCAGCCCUGCUAAGACUCCUCGAGCCCACAAAACCCAGACGUCGGUCUCAUUCUUCGUCCUCGAGGACAGGCUACAUCAAUCAUACGCAUUCCCCCCUGACAACGCAACUGGAUCCCAACAGGCACAUUACAGACGCCAUGAUUGACGCAUACUUUCGGUUGUACCAUGUCAGCUACCCAAUCAUUCACGAAGCCACCUUCCGAGCACAGUAUGCGGGCGUGAUCCCUAGACCGAGUGGCGAAUGUUGGCUAGUCCUGGCUCACACUGUCGCUGCCAUUGGUGUCUAUACAACGGCUACCAAUCUCGAUAACUUGGACAUGUCAUUGUUCGCCCAGGCUCGCUCCAUCUUGUCUUUCAACUUCCUGGAAGUAGGGAACCUUACGCUCGUCCAGGCUCUUACCCUUAUCUCCAAUUAUCAGCAGAAGAGGGACAAGCCCAAUUCGGGAUACAACUAUCUCGGCCUCGCCGUGCGGAUGGCGAUGGGCUUGGGUCUACACAAAGAGUUCCAAGGAUGGAACAUCUCUCCACUAAACAUGGAGAUCAGGCGACGUGUGUGGUGGUCACUCUGCGUCUUUGAUGUUGGCGCAACUAUUACCUUUAGUCGACCCUCAGUUUGGCCGUAUGAAGGCGUCGAAGUGUCCUUGCCAUUGAACGUUGACGACAAGUCUUUAACUGCCAUCUCAAAGUCGUAUCCCCCGGAGACCCAAGAUGUGACCCCCUACACGGCAGUACGAACGCAGGCAAGCUUUCACAUCGCUACGACGCCCAUCUACACAAGGGUCAUUUCAAAGCCGCUUCCAUCUCCAAACGAAAUGCUGAGACUUGAUGAAGAGCUUCUCGAGCCGUGGCAAGCGGGCGUACCACCGUACUUCUCUGAAAGCGCGAUAGUUCCGCCAAAAUAUGCUCUCGCUCAUGCUGUCAUGAACUGGAGAUACAGAAACCUUCGGAUCAUCAUGUACCGACCAUUCGUAAUCCGUCGAGCUCUUCAAGCCCGCGAUAGAAGAUCGGAUGACUCUCCUGAUAAUGUUCGGGCCUAUGACAAGUGUCUUGCCGACGCGAAGGCUACCAUCACUAGCAUCAGCGAGUUCUGGGAUCGGAAUGAGCAUACACGACUGGCGGCAUGGUAUUGUCUAUACUUUCUCUUCCAAGCAGCCCUCAUCCCCUGCAUCUGUCUCCGUAACGACCCCAGCGCGAGCAAUGCCGCGGACUGGAAAGAGCAAGUCACAACCACGAUCCGCUGCAUCAUUGCUCUAGCUCCCGUCAACUCCAGUUCCCCUCCUUGUUAUCAAGUCAUCAUCGAUCUCUGCGGAAGGUUUCUCAAUGACGAUUUUGUCGCCGCUCGUGUGCUGGUGGCACAACCCCAGAUGCAGGCCAGGAUGACACACAACCAUGAGACCAAUACAGUCCAACCUGCUGCGCCUGAACCCAUCGAUGAGAGCCCUCAAACACAAAUCAACAGCGUCUUCUCGAUGAUGUGGCCCAAUGUGCCCCCAAUGGAGGCCGCUGAUGUCGUCAUGGGUGAUGAUGCCUGGAUGGAGUUUCUCAAGAGUGGCACAAGCGGUGAUGGAGGUGGAAUGUGGUUCGGCAGUUGA